CACACUUAGCGGAGUCGCUCAAGAUUAUUUCGAUCUAAAACAGGGUAAAAGAGAAAAGAUAUCUACCGGACGAGGCUUAUUCUGGUCAUUGUUGACCAUCUAGAAAAGCAGUGUGGACCUGCUAGAAGAAUGGAAAUGUCUAUUGCUUAGCCAGUCCAUUGUGGAGUGCUAUGUCACCCGGUGGAUUUGUCAAUAUAAAUCUUCGCAAUUUUCAUCGUCUCUGCAUACCAUCAGAGCUUUUUGAGCAUUACAAUCCUUUUCUCAGCACAUCACGCUUGACAUUUCUCCUUUCUCUACCACAAGAAGCAAAAAUGGCCGUCACCUGCUUUACCCAGGAGCUCACAACUUCUAUCGCUCCGUCGAGGAUGUUCAAGGCUCUCGUCCUCGACUCCCACAAUCUCAUUCCCAAGGUCGCCCCUCAGGGUAUUAAGAGCAUUGAGUUCGUUCAAGGAGACGGUAGCGCUGGAAGCAUCAAGCAGACCAACUUUGCCGAUGGCGGUCACUUAAAGUGGUUGAAGCACAGGAUAGAUGCGGUUGAUGCAGAGAAGCUUGUGUGCAAGUACACCCUGAUCGAGACCGACAUUGCAUUCGACAAGAUUGAGUCUGUGGUGUACGAGGUGAAAUUCGAAGCUUCCAGUGAUGGUGGGUGCGUGUGCAAGAUGAACAGCGAGUAUCACGUCAAAGCUGGUGUGGAGCUGAAGGAGGAGGAGGUCAAGCAGGGCAAGGACAAGGCCAUGGGGCUCUACAAGGUUGUCGAGGAUUACCUUUUGGCCAACCCCGAAGCCUAUGCCUAGAAUGAGUGUGUUUUUUGGUUCGUGUAACACACCCUCCUAUAUUGCCGAAUAUACUAUUCACACCGCCUUUUUCUUUUUGAGUUUUUUUUUUCUCAUUCGGAUUGUAGCUUGCCUUGAAGGAUCGAGGCAAAUGCAUUAAUAAAUUGUACUGUUUUCGUUUACCGCAAGGUUGUUUGAUUACUGUUGGAUCAUUGUCACUAGAAAUAUAUAAAAUCAGAUCUGUUAUUUGCUUCA